UUCUUUGGAAUAUUUUCCGGAAAAAUGUUUUGAUGUUUGUUUUGAUCGAAUAUUUUUUUUUGGAAAGAUUUAAUUAUUUGCAGAAUUGUAACAAAUGUAAAAAAUGACUUAUUCAAAAAGUGAUCAUCAUUAUAAUGAACAAGAAUUUCAACAAUCACCAAACAUGAUAAUUGAUGGUAAUGAUGAAAAUUUUGUACCAAAUGCUGAAAAUCAAUUGGCCAAUAUACCGGAAUUCCAUAACGGUCCUCCACCUGACAAUGGCGAUGAUGAUGAUGAUAGUAUAUUAUUAUGGAAACCUAAUCCCGAUCGAAUCGAUGAUCAUGCAGUUGAUAUGUUCGUACGUCAAGCAUUCGAUUAUGGUAUCAAUGGUGAUGGUGCAUUACAUUUGCUAUAUGUUUGUAAUUAUGAUAAUAAUGUUGCCCUUAAUCUCAUACGCAAUACUAUUGUUUCGAUAUUUUGAAACAAUCAAAGUCAAAAUUUGUAUUAUAAUAAUUUCUAAAAACUUAAUUUUCAUUAAAAUUAA